ACCCAAGCUUUGGGUUUUCUCAAACGACUGAGAAGCAAGUGAUGAUCGUCACCGUCAACGACAGCAAGCCAAACUUUCUGCUAUUAUUGCUGUCAGCCUUCUUCUUCUUCUUUCAAACCCAAAUCCCAAACCCAGAUCUGGGUUUGAAAGAAGAAGAAGAAGGCCGACGACAGUAGUAGUAGAAGGACCCAGAUCUGGGUUUUUCUCAAAACACAUCUACAAUCAAAGCAAAGCUCUCCUGAGCUAAAAUCUCAAAAUCCCAUUCUUUAAUACCCAUUUCCUGUAAAAUCAAAGAGAAAGAAAAAUGUCCCAAAAUCGUAUAAAUCAAUCGGACAUGGAUUACAAAUUUACAUGAACUAUAUAGAUCUAACAAACCUACAUCCAAAAUAAGAAAUAUUACAUUUCUAAGUCAAACUGGAUUCUAAUUUAGUUUCAAAAUGGCACUAGCAACUCUGAGAAUGUGCAUCAAAAACCACUGUUAGAUCCCAUCUUUCCUUUCACAUGCAAACCCACCACAAAAUCUCUGAUACCUCCCAUUACAAUCCAAUCAACACAACACCCAAAAUCUCCGAUACCUCCCUGCGAUGGUGUAUUCACAGACCUUGUUGCUCCUCCAGUUUGGGCCACAAGAAGUCGACCUUGGUGGACAGACAAGCACCAGAGGCGAUGGCAACGGCUGUGACAGCAACGUGGGUGAUGAUGGAGGCGAUGGCAACGGUUGUGCCGGCGACGUGGGUGAUGUUGGAGGCGAUUGCAACGGUUGUGACGGCAACGUGGGUGAUGGUGGAGGCGAUCGCAACGGCUGUGACGGCAACGAGCAAACUAAGGCCGAUUCAACAAGCCUAAGAAAACCCAGAUCUGGAAAGGAUGAAGGGAGAAGAGAGACUCUGAUUUUGAAAACCCAGAUCUAGAAAGGAUGAAGGGAGAAGAGAGACUUUGAUUUUGAUUUUGAUUUUGGAGAGAAAGAAUAAGAAGGAUGAUCUGAU